UGUCACGGGCCUACGGAGAGCGAGUGUUACGUGUGCAAGCACUAUCGACACGAGGGUAAAUGCAUUGAAGCCUGUCCUAAAGAUCUAUACGCGUAUUUGUCGAGACGGUGUAUCACGAAGGAAGAAUGCUUGCGAAUGAACAACCCGAGAAGAAAAUUUUACAUGCCGGAUGAAGGGUAUUGGAGACCGUUCAAUGGAUCGUGCGUGACACAUUGUCCGGAAGGCUACGAGGAUGAUAACAACAGUACCACCUGUCGCUCCUGCGUGGAAUGUCGAAAGGUGGGCCACGGAGGCCUGAUUCGUCACAUUUCCGAGGCGCAAAGCUUCCGCGGUAUAACCGUAGUGCAGGGCGCGCUCGAGUUCCAAAUAUGGAACGGGAAUCCGAACAUAAUGAACGAGUUAACCGAAGCGUUCGGCCGGAUCGAGGAGAUCACCGAAUACCUAAAGAUCACCCACUCGUUCCCGAUCACUUCGCUGUCGUUCUUCAAAAGAUUGAGAGUAAUCAAGGGACAGAAGUUGGACAUCAACAACGCCAGCUUAUCAGUUCUCGACAAUCCUAAUCUCUCGAGCUUGUUCUCGCCGGAACAGAAGAUCAGAAUCGAGAACGGCCGACUGUUCUUCCAUUACAAUCCCAAAUUGUGUCUAUCGAAAAUUCAACAGCUCAGCAGAAUGGCGAACAUAUCGAAUUACACCGAUUUGGAAGUGCAGCCGCAGUCUAACGGCGAGAAAGUCGCUUGCGACAUAGUGAAUAUAAACAUAACGGUGCAGAACCUAGGCCCGGAUUACGCAGAUCUAGUCUGGGACAGUUACAAGCCAUCGGAGGGACAACAGCUUCUCAGCUACCUGUUGAAUUACAUCGAGACGGACAACGAGAACAUUACGUACGAGAUGAACGCCUGCGGUGGGUUCAACACCUGGCAGGUAGUCGAUGUCGACAUACCGAAAUGGAACACGACUGUUUCCAAACACAUAGACAAUCUGAAGCCUUAUACUAUGUACGCGGUGUACGUGAAAACGUUCAACGCGAAAAAAGCGAACUUCCUAAAUAAUACUGUGGGCCAGUCGAGAAUUAUAUUCUUCAAGACUAAAAGCACUAUCCCUACGCCGCCGCAAAACGUGGCAUCGAAGCCAGUGAGCGACACGGAUAUUCUCAUCAAAUGGGAACCACCUUUGUAUCCCAACGGACCGAUAGGAUACUACAUGAUCUCCAGUACUCGAGUUUACGAGGACGAUAAUCUGAUAUCUUUCCGCGACUAUUGCAACGACACCCUAGAAACCGAGAUAGAGAACGAGGAAGUGAUACCGGAAGUGACCAUCAAGAUUCCGACGACGGACGACGACGAUUCCUGCUGCCCGAAGGACGUCAGUAAUGUCAAAACUGUCUCGAAGCAAUUCGAGAUCUUCUGCCACGAGAACAUGACCGUCAGCUACAUAUCACCGGGCUGGAAGGAUUACUGCAUCUACAACAACUUCAACUCCGUGGAGAACCGAUUCCACGAAAUAACCAACAACCUGUCGACCUCUCGACCAAAGAACGCCGUCCAAGUCGACGAGACCGCGUUCACUGGGAACUUCGGCCACGAAAAUACAAUCGCGUACAACGUCAGCGCGGAGAACAACUCGUUCGUGAUCAAGAAUCUGCGUCACUAUACGAGAUACAUAAUCAGCGUGACGGCAUGCGGUGUAAAAGUCGACGAGUCCAACAUGUGCUCGUCGAUUCAGUACACGAACGCCAGAACCAAGAAAAAAGAGCACGCGGACGACGUGAAGAAUGUGGAGGUUCACGUGACGAACAACACGAUCGUCCAGGUAUCCUGGGACUUGGUGAAAGACCCGAACGCUCUCACCGUGUCUUACACGAUCGAGUACACGAAUCUCGACGUGAAGAACGCGAAAAAGAGCAGCGAGUGUAUCGCGCGGACUGGACCAAAGGACAUGGUGAACAGUUAUUUCAUUAGAAACCUGAGUCCUGGUAAAUACAGCCUGCGAAUGAGAUCUACGUCGUUGGCCGGCGACGGAUCAUUUUCGGAGGUCGUUUAUUUCUCAAUAGGCAUAACCAGCGCGACGCCGUUUACUCUCAUAACGUUGCUGACCCUCGCAGUUCUGUCCAUAAUACUGAUAAUACUGUUCUUGGUGCUGAGGAGCCAUCGGAAAAGGAAACAGCAAGAGAGACUGAUCGCCAGCGUGAAUCCGGAUUACAUAGAGACCAAGUAUGUAAUCGACGAAUGGGAGGUACCUAUGGAGAGCGUUGAAAUCUUGGAAGAGCUCGGCUUAGGCAAUUUCGGCAUGGUGUAUCGCGGCGUUUACGACAAAACGACGGCAGUCGCUAUCAAGACCAUCUCGAAUACAGCGAGCCAGAGAGAGAAGAACGAGUUCUUGAACGAAGCAUCGGUAAUGAAAAACUUCUCGACUUUCCACAUAAUCAGACUGAUCGGCGUCGUGUCCAUCGAGAAUCCUCCGUUCGUCGUAAUGGAAUUAAUGGAGAACGGAGACUUGAAAACGUAUUUGCGACGCAUACGUGACACUCAUCUCGUACCAAACGCAUGUAGAAUCAUGAGAAUGGCAGCUGAAAUAGCUGACGGAAUGGCAUACUUGGAAUCGAAGAAGUACGUUCACCGAGACUUGGCCGCUCGAAAUUGCAUGGUAUCGAAGGACCUCGUGUGUAAAAUCGGUGACUUUGGAAUGGCCAGGGACGUUUACGAGACGGACUAUUAUAAAAUCGGUCGGAAAGGACUGUUACCGAUCAGAUGGAUGGCACCGGAGAAUCUCUCUGACGGAGUUUUUACAUCAGAUUCAGACGUAUGGUCGUUCGGUGUCGUCCUGUACGAAAUCUUGACCCUCGCCGAGAUGCCGUACCAAGGUUUCUCCAACGAAGACGUGCUCAGACACGUGUUACGCAAAGGAACGUUGAACAUACCGAGAAAUUGCCCGGAGAACAUCCAUAAAAUUAUGGAAAAGUGCUUUAAAUGGCGACCCAGCGAUCGUCCCACGUUCAUGGAGAUCGUGGGCGAGCUGGAGCCGUUCCUGGGACAAGACUUCUACGAGAAGUCGUUCUACCAUUCGAUGGAGGGUGUCGAGAGUCGUAAUUCGGGUAUAAAGAAGCCGUACCAUCACGCGGCGCCCGUCAGAUUUCAUUGGGGCAACGAAACGGCCAGGUGGGUCAAAGAAUUCGAGGACAACGUGACGCUGUUGGAUCAGACGAAAGCUGGGACCAGCAGGGGACGGAUAUUCAAGAACGGUUUCCAGCAUUUCGGUAACGUAGCCAACAUGGAAGACGUAUCGCUCGAUCGAUGAGAAUGUUCAACGUUUUAAUACGUAAGGACGUAGCUUCCGUUUUCCAGCGAGACGAAUCAUAUUAAAAGAAUGGACCAUCUUUCGAUGCCACGAUUCGAUGCUCUUGGAAAGGAACAAGAAAUCUAAUGGCGCAUGUAGAGAUACGAGUUAAUUAUUUAAGACAAGACUAAGAAUUGAUAUCAAGGUGCAUCUUAAUUUCCAGUGAUUUCCCUAACAAAUUUUAUUAAUUCUCAGUUUCUUAAUUUCAAAACGAGAAUCCGAAUAAUUCUAAAAAUGCAAAUCUUGUCGCAAUUAUUAUUUCUGACAAGACUAAGAAUUGAUAUCAAGAAAAUGUAAUUUAAUUUCGAAUAAUUAUUGAUUUCCUUGAUAAGCUGAGUUUCCUAAUUCCAAAACAAGAAUCACAAUACUUUUUAAAAUCUUAUACUUUCAUAAAAAAUAAUUUCAUUUUCAUUCAUUAAAUCAGUAUUGUUCCUUGUUACUCGAUUAUUUUUAUGAAUUUUCCUAAUGUGCUUAAGCGAAUUAAUUAAAUUAUAAGUCAGAUUCUAGUUACGUUACCAGUUGCGUUUUACAAGAUGCACAUGAAUUACACAUGAGAAAAAGAACGCGAGCUGCAUGCUAACGGAAUUUCGAUGGACUGAAUCUGAAAGCUUAGGUUUAAGGUAUCACGUUUUGAAGCUCGAAAUUCAAACGAUUCGUUAUACGAUGAAUACUACCAGGAAUUGAAGGGUUUUAUAAUCCCCUAUAUAACACAUGCACAUAAUUCGAUUUCCAUUCCGAUCCCAUUAUUAACUGCAAAUAGUAGAAACUGAUUAAUCGUAGUCUCACUCACAGAAUCGAGAAAUUAAAAAUGAUUUCUCUAUUCGUACAUGAUACUUAACCAAAACCAACAAGAGACGUUCAAUACUUGUUGGCUCCCAAUGUAUAGAAUGAGAAAAUGAGGAAGAUUGGGAGACAUAGUCCUAUAUUUUAUACAGACCAUGUUACCUUAAGAAGACAAGUUAUACUAAUUCUAAGUAAGAAAGGUUAUUCUAUCUAUAUAAAAUAACUCAUUCAACCAGCGUGCAACUAUUUAAAUAAUUCCGAUUGUGUUUUUCCUGUUUAUUUAAGAAUACCGUACGGAUACUCCCUUACGAUUUUUAUUACUAUUAAUUUUAUGAAUCCCGCACGUCUAAAUUCCAAUAGAAUUCAUUUGAAAAACAACAUAUUGGUAAAACAUUCCUUAAGAUUUUUAAGUUUCAAGAUUCGAACAGAUAAUAUAAUAUUAACGUAUAAAAUAAAACAGCCAUUGGAAUUGAAACGUGCAUUAAUUUUCACGUGGGAACCUAUUCGCAGUAUACCCAGUUUACAUGUUAAGUAGGAAAUAAGUUAUUCGUUUAAUGUAAGAUAGCAAGAGAUGCUACGUCGUAGCAAAUGUCGAUGAUUUUUCGUUUACACACUCGAAGCAAUAGAAAAUAGCGAUAAAGGAAAUAAGACGAUUUUCCUCUUUCCAUAUAAGCGAACUUCUUGCUACUUGAUUUAUGAAUACAUAUACAUAUAUAAAAUAAUAAUACAUAAGAUUAGAGAAAGGAAUCUCAGUUUUGAACCUCGGGUACUUUCGCGUACCAUAAUUUAUUAUUGACGACUUGGACCCUUGGAAAACUCGGUUUUUCAAAAUCCUUCGAUAUUUCAAAGUGCUCUCUCGGAAUAAUUAUUGGAUACGUAUUAACAAUAAGAGAUAUCACCUAAUUGUGUUGCAACUAUUCCAAUUGAAACUGAUUGGAGUUUAUACAGUGUGAUUUACCAGAUUUUACCACCUGGAUUUUCGUCGUAAUUUUUAUACACAGCAAAGAAUAAAUGAUAUUGAAUCCUUUUAAAAAAAAAUGAUUGAUGACCUUCAUAUCUCUACUACGUGUCUACCUACGAACUAGCUUGAAACACCAGAACGUGCCUCUCUCAAAACCAUUCAACAUUGCCUAUGAACAUUCUUUGCUGCUUACAUGAAUAACGAUGAAAAUCGAGGUGGUAACCUGGUGGACCACCGUGUAUAAAAUAAGAUGAAGGGCAUAUGAAGAUUUCUGAAAUUCCGAGUACGAUCGACUGUAAGGAGAAACCAAAAUCCAGACGUCUCUUUAAGAAACAUUAUUCUUACUCAUAAAGCUCCUGCCACGCUGUGUCUUCCAAGACAGAGACUACAUAAUGAAUUGUUUUAAUAUUUAUACACGGUCGUACGCCAUUAUCCAUGUUAUUGAUCCAAAGAAAUAAUUAUAACGUCAAAUUUAAGAGAAACAAAUUCGAUCCAAUAAAAUUGACAUUUGGAAAAAAUUUGAUAAUGGAGACCGUACCUUUGUUAACCCAUAAUGAGUUAAGUCGUCGUCCUCACCCCUAGCGAAAAGAUAAACAAGAGUAUUAUUAUUAAGAAUGAAUGGAAAAAUGAAUACACGAAUCGAUUUUUGUUAGAACGAUGCACGUGUGAGUAAAUGAAACGUCGUAUGAUUACGGAGAAUUUUAACGUACAUAAGUGUAAAAGUUAAGACAUAUAAAAAUCGAAAGUGGUUCUGAGAACUCGAAAACGUCGUACCUCGAUUAAUUCGAAUUAGACCACUGCGUUAUUUAAUUAAUUAGACAUUUACUUUUAUUCGAUACAUAAGCUUUGAAUGUAAUUUGAAACGAAAAUACUAAUUAUAUGUUGUUUGUUGCUAUAUUUAAUGGUUACUGUUUUUAUUCAAGGAGAAUUGGUACUUGUUGGUAAAAUGGACAAGUUUGAGUAUUUCAUAUCGUAUUAUUAAUGAGAG